AUGGCGUCUUCUUCGGUGUCAGCCUUGCUGCUCUUCCUGUGCUUGGCCGCGGUGGCGUCGGCGCAGCUCUCGCCGACGUUCUACGACACGUCGUGCCCCAACGCUCUGUCCACCAUCAAGAGCGCCGUGAACGCCGCCGUGCAGAAGGAGAACCGCAUGGGGGCCUCCCUGCUCAGGCUGCACUUCCAUGACUGCUUUGUCCAGGCAAGUUCAUUCCCUUCUCUUGCACCUUCAUGCAUGGCCUCACGUCUUGGUUAA